AUGAUUAAAGAAGAGGUAAUACGUCAGCGAAGAUCUCUACGUGAAGAUAGGCCUGAAACUUUUGAGUUCGAUCAAAAUGAAGGAUUUCAGCUAUUUCAGAGACUCGGACAAAAAUACUUCAAUCCUUCUGUUGAUGAUGAGAUGAAGGAACUUGCUCCAACGAGUGAGAAAAGUAUCGAAAAAGUAUUUUACCAAGACAAAGUGAUAACAACUGGGUCAAAUAUGAUAGAUAAUGCUCCUCAAGCUGUUUCUAUGGUUGAUAAGGACAGAAAUGAGCUUAAUUCAAACAUGUUUGAAGCUCUUGUAAGAACCCUUGCUAGCAAAGCACAAUACGCUCAGUAUUUACAAACAGUGCUCAAUGAAGAUGUGGAAGGCUUCUAUGCAGGAACUGAGCUUGGCCAUGGGUCUGAUAUUUACUCAAUUCAGACUGAGGCUGUGUUAGAUUCUGCACAAAAAUCUCUAGCUAUCAAUACUCCUGAUAUCACUUCGAUUAAGCUGUGAACUGCUGAUAACAUUCUAAAAGCUUCCCAUGUGGUGUUCCAAGCAAGACUGAUUAGUGGCACUAAGGAUUAUGGAGUGCACUCAUUCCUAGCAAGAAUCAGAGACCCUGUUACUAAGGACCUUUUCGAGGGUCUCGAAGUUGGAAGAUCGACUCACAAGCUGAGCAUUGCGUCUAAGUAUGCAUCCUAUCUAAAAUUCAAUAAUUUUCAACUUCCAAGGGAUUCUCUGCUUUCUCGUUUUAUUACUAUCUCUAACAAAGGAGAAGUAGAGAUGAUAGGUGAUGCUCGUAAUGCCAAUUCAACUAUGAAUGAAAUCAGAUGCACCCUUCUGAAGGAGUCAUGGAUCCAAUGCUUCAGUAUCCUUAAGAAGAGUGAGAUCAGGAUGAAACUGACAGAGUGCCAUCAUGCUAGGCAAAGAUCAGUCUCCUUAGCUGCUCUGGGAUAUGCCUCACUGUUUACAUGGAAUUAUAGUCUCAAUAAUAUGGCUAAUCAGGUGAAGGAGUUUCUACCGAUCCUUCCUAACAUCAAAUCAUUUAUUUACGACGAACUAUGAUCCUUAACUCAGGAUGUGUAUGAGUUCCAGACUGGAGACUCAACUAUUGGAGCCACAAAUAUGUGGAGCCAGGUUGAAAUAGCUCCUCCUAAGCUUAACAUUAAAGGGAGUGGCUACAUCUAUUUCCAGGAUACCACUAAGUAUAUCUUCAAAAAGCUGAGUAAAAUUAUGAUUGGAUCUGAAAUAACAGGCUUCUUCAGUUACUUGCAGGAGUUUCUGCAAUUUAUAGAAAAUCCUCCAAAAAUUCGAUUCAGAGAGACAGUUGAAAGUCUUUUGGAUAUCAUUAAGGCAUCUCUGCUUUUCCAAAUAAAGGAGACUGGAAAUUUGCUCAAGAAGGAUAGCCCAUACUCGAUGGAUGAGAAGUGGAACAAGGUUUAUUUCAUCGAAGUCAAUAAGACAGCCAAACUUAACGCUGUUUAUCUCACCUCAAAGAUUUUCUAUGACCAGAUUCAAGAACUUGAUGUCUCAGAUGGACUGUACUUCUCGUUAAUGAGGCUAUGAAAAAUUUAUUGCUGUAGGAUGGUCUUGACCUAUUGUGACAACAUAAUUUUAACAGGAACCCUCGAAUCCAAAUGUCUGAUCAACAUUAAGAGUUACAUGAGUGACUUGAUCAAUGAUGCUGUUCCUGCAAUCUACGACCUCGUCACUCCUUCUCCAGGGAGAGGGCUUGCUGGUGUAGACCAAAUUCAACAAGACCAAACUGUUGAAGGAUUGUUCACAGAUAAAGAUGAUUUCCCUGGUGAUAAUCUACAUGAUAAAAAUGGAGCAAUCGAGCAUUUCUUGUUGCCGCUGCAGAAGAAGCUAGCAAUGGGACCGCUUGGUAAACUAUAAUUUAU